UUGAAUAUUUCCCAGAAUGCCACCGUACGAUAGAAAAAUGGCCGCCCCCUUGUCUCGCCCAUCCUCUGCACCUGUGAAAUUUUGCCUGCAAUUUGUGCACUCUUCUGAAAGAUUUCAAUUAAUCUGAACACAUUUUCUAAGUUUUAUCAUGGCAGACCUACAAACCAAGUAUCAAAAGCUGGCAGGAGAAUUUGCUAAGCUUCGGGCGCAAAAUCAGGUUUUGAAGAAAGCAGUUGUGGAAGAACAAGAAAAGCAGAAUGCUCUUAAGGGCAAUGUGAACGAGAAAGACCAGAAGAUCCGCAAGUCUGAGCAGGAGAUUGACAGUCUGUCCUUCCGUAACCAGCAGCUGACCAAGAGGGUCAACGUCCUACAGGAUGAGCUGGAAGCUGCUGAAGGCAAAGGCAAAAAGAACAAGAGUCGAGAGGCUGAUCAUGGUAUGUCUAACAGAGCUGCCCUGCCUGGCGUGAUGAAUGAAGAGCUACGGAGUAAGAUUGAGGAAAACGAGCGACUUCACAAACAGGUUUAUGAGAGCACCCAGAGCCAUCAGCAAGCCAUGAUGCAGCUACAGGACAAGCUAUCCAACCUGGAGAGUCUAUCUAGUCAACACCAGAGCGUCUUGGAGUCUUCAGCCAAGAAACACCAGGAGACGGUGGACAGGCUGCAACAGGAGAAGGCCAUGCUGGAGGUCAAACUACAGGCUCAGGAAAAAGAGGCCCGAGAGGCAACACUGAAGUGUGAAGGUGCCACACAGAAACUCAGCGUUCUACAGGAAGAACUAGGUGGCAAGGUAUCCUGGAUGACGCACAUAAUACAGACCAAACUACCGUUCAAUGACACAGAGAAGCGUGAACUGAAUGCACUGAAUGUGCCUACUCAUGACAGGAAACACCAAAUGAAGACGAAGGAUUUGAUUGGUCAAGCCCACACCCUGGUGAAGGAACUGUGCUCAGGACUGUCUAACCUGCAUACCUACACAGAGCAGAGAUCCAAGCUCUUCCCUAUUGACUCCACAACGGGACCCAUCAGUGCUGUCAAUCUCAAGUUUUGUAGCUACCUCCAUGAGAAUGCAUCCUACCUUCGUCCUGUGGAGCAAGCUUUUAAGAAUUUCCUGGACAACAUCCGAGAUGAAUCACUCACAACUCUAGAAACCGCCACAGAACUUCAAGACUUCUCAGCCAAGUUCAGCAGAUACUUUGCCUACCUUGAGAAACUCCUGCCAUACCAACUACUCAGCCUGGAGGAAGAGUGCGCAAUAUCCACUUGCCCCCAGACGCUAGAGACUCGCAACAUGGAGCUGCACGAGUCCUUCAAGCGAUUCAACGCUGCCUUCGCUAAACUGAACACCUACCUCACUGCCCUGGCCGCCGUCAGCACCCAGUCAUGUGACCACCCACAGGCCAAUCACAGGACGUUCUUUGAGAAACUGUCUGAGUGUUGCCAAAACCUCUCCAGUGUCAUGAAAGAUGUAUCGAAGAACUACAACUUCAAAGUGUCGCUAGAACACCAACUACCCACUGCUUCCCAGAAGUUAAGAACCACAGAUGAGUGCAUAGUGUCAUCAUUUAUAUCGUUGGUUACAUGUACCGGCAAGAUUGCUAAUUUUACCAAGAGCAACCUGGAGUUUCUGUCCACGCCGCCUGGUUUUCGGACGCGGGGCCACACCGUCAUCGGCACCAGUCAGUUUGAGGGGGCCAUUUCAUCCCCUGCUGUCUCUGCAUUCAGACAGAAAGCUGUGGACUUCAUUACAACCUUGUCAAAGCCCUGCCCUGACUCCGUGCCUUAUGACCGAGCAUUACGCAAUCAGCGCAUCCUGCUAAGCUCCACGGAGAGCCAGACGGGACUGGCCCAGCAGCUUGCGAAGACCAGCGAAAAAGUGAGCCAACUAGAGCAGGACAGAGAACACUGGAAGCUGGAGGCACAGCUGGUCCAGAUCAAACUGGCCAAAGAAAUCCAGAAAUGUGUAGUCUUUGAGUCGGAGCUUAAGAGGUUGCGUGCUGGAGGAGGCAAAGUGGUCAGUCCCAUUGACCAGGAGUCUAUGGUGGCCCAAGCCAUGGCCAAAGCCGUAGAGGUGGACAGUAUACCCAGUAGAGCCUCGGAUAAGGGCAAGGCGGAGCCACAGAUUGACACGUCCAUGCUAGGCCAAUUGGAAGGGAUCACCAUGGACUUUGGCGAGAGUGAUGAGACAUCGCGUGAGAACCUCAUCAAGUCUCACUACACUACACGCCUAGCUCAGCUAACUGCCCAGCGACAAGUGGUGGACGGCAAAGUGGUCAAUUUCAGUUCAGAGUCCAUGCAUCCUUCCCUCAGCCCAAAUGUACAUCCAUGCCCUCAGCCCAUGCAUCCUUGCCCUCAGCCCAUACGUCCUUGCCCUCAGUCCAUACAUCCUUCCCUCAGCCCAUGCAUCCUUGCCCUCAGCCCAUGCAUCCUUGCCCUCAGCCCAUACGUCCUUGCCCUCAGUCCAUACAUCCUUCCCUCAGCCCAUGCAUCCUUGCCCUCAGUCCAUACAUCCUUCCCUCAGCCCAUGCAUCCUUCCCUCAGCCCAUGCAUCUUUACCCUCAACCCAUGCAUCCUUGCCCUUAGCCCGUACGUCCUUGCCCUCAGUCCAUGCAUCCUUCCCUCAGCCCAAAUGUACAUCCUUGCCCCCAGCCCAUGCAUCCUUGCCCUCAGCCCGUACGUCCUUGCCCUCAGUCCAUACAUCCUUCCCUCAGCCCAUACAUCCUUCCCUCAACCCAUGCAUCCUUGCCCUUAG